AGUUGUGACACGAUUUUCUGCACCGGAAAGUGGGAGGCAAAUCGGAGACGGUGUUAUACGACCAGAGACCUUGAAGUUAUGCGAGUGUUGGUGACCGGUGCUUCUGGAUACUUGGGUGGAAGACUCUGCCAUGCGCUACUCCGUCACGGCCACUCUGUGCGGGCGUUCGUCCGUCGCACCAGCGAUCUCUCCUCCCUUCCUACUCUAUCCGACGGCGUUGCUCUAGAACUUGCUUACGGUGACGUUACGGACUAUCCGUCACUUCUCACCGCUUGCUCUGGCUGUAAUGUGAUCUUUCACGCCGCUGCUCUAGUGGAACCAUGGCUUCCAGAUCCUUCCAAAUUUAUCUCUGUCAAUGUUGGAGGUUUGAAGAACGUACUCCGAGCGUACAAGGAGAUGAAUACGAUAGAGAAGAUCAUCUAUACGUCGUCGUUUUUCGCUUUGGGAUCCACGGAUGGAUAUAUUGCGGAUGAGGGUCAAAUACAUUCAGCCAAGUAUUUCUAUACCGAGUAUGAGAAGUCAAAGGCUGUUGCGGAUAAAAUUGCUCUAGAAGCUGCCAAGGAAGGAGUACCUAUAGUUGCUGUUUAUCCUGGAGUCAUAUAUGGACCUGGUAAAGUCACUGCUGGGAAUGUGGUGGCCCGAUUGAUUGUUGAGCGAUUUAAUGGACGGUUGCCUGGCUAUAUAGGUCAUGGAAACGACAAAUUCUCUUUUAGUCAUGUAGACGAUGUGGUAGAGGGUCACAUCGCGGCUUUAGACAAAGGCCAACCAGGCGAAAGAUAUCUUCUUACAGGAGAAAAUGCAUCUUUCAUGCAAAUCUUUGAUAUGGCUGCUACUAUCACCAACACAAAAAGACCUUGGCUUAACAUUCCCUUGUUCGUGAUCGAGGUUUAUGGCUGGUUAUCCGUGCUAUUCUCUAGAAUAACCGGAACGCUUCCAAUCAUCAGCCCCCCGGCGGUGUAUGUUUUGAAGCACGAGUGGGCUUAUUCGUGCGAGAAAGCGAAAAGAGAACUGAACUACAAACCAAGAAGCUUGAGUGAAGGUCUAGAAGAGGUGCUUCCUUGGUUGAAGAACUUGGGCUUGAUUAAAUACUAACAACGUAAGGAUGGAUUUUCCUUUUGAUUACUUGUAUAAUGGCCGGCCCAGCUCGGUCCAACCCGAACGCAGUAUGUUGGAUGAGAAUACGCAACUAAUAAGUACAAAGUUAAUAC